AGCACAUAUUUACACAUUAACGGACUUCCUGGGCGUCAAACAUUAUUCUGUUCUGUUGAGUAUCGCACGCUCGCUGGAGAGAUGGAGAAACUAGAAACAUCAGAGCUCCAGUCUAGAUUGACAUCCCUGUCCGUUUCUUCUUUCCCUGGUAUAACUUCAAAAAACUGUGAAGCAAACCCAUUAAACAGACUUCAAAGCACAGACCUUUCCCGGACUGAAAUCCAACCAGACAACCAAACCAAAAUGGAUGAUAACAGCAAUAACAGGGAAUCUCCACAGUCUACAGAGGAGCCCAGUGUAUCUCUUGGAGAGGCAGAGGCUGGGGACUCACAGGAGAGCACUACCAGUGAAGGGACCUCACCUCCUGGGGAGAAAAAAGCUCUUCCACCAUUGAAUCCAGCAUCUACAUGGACCUCCAUGGCCCUGAAGGAGCUAAAGGCAAAGAUGCGUCAAGAGAAGGACAGCGUGGUGACUGUCUACCGUGGAGAUACAAUGACUGUCCACAUACCUACUAUUCCUGAAGCCAAGCGUGUUUGCUGGGAGUUUGCUACAGAUGGCUAUGACAUUGGUUUUGGGGUGUACUUCGACUGGUCACCAGUCACCAGCAGAGACAUUACUGUCCACAUUAGUGAAUCCAGUGAUGACGAGGAUGAAGAUGACGAGCUGGAAAGCCCUGUUGUUCCUGGAGAUGUAGAGAAGGGCUCUAAAUCAGUAGCCAACUCUAACUUGGGAGAGAUCCUUCCAGUGUACCGUCAGGACAGUCAUCUGGCAGUGCAGGGCGGCAGCCAUGAUUUUCCAGGAGACGGCACAUACUUACUCAAGUUUGACAACUCCUAUUCGCUCUGGCGGAAUAAGACUCUGUACUACAGAGUGUACUACAGUGCCUGAGGAAUCAAGUACAUAUUUCAAAUGAAGGUCCUAGCGAUACCUAUUUUUGAUCUUGUGUAUUAAAUUACAGUAUAUGUAUAAUUCUUGCUAUAGUUGAUUUGUGCUUUCAUUUUAUCUAAAGCCCCAUCGUAGAUCAAACAGUUUGCUUAUACGUACAAAAUGCGUUUAUAAGUGAAUGGGAUCAUGAAGCUCAUGAUAUGUGCAGGUUUUGGUGUGUUGUGUGCGCUUAAGAUGUUAUGUGCAAAUAUUUCACGGGUCCAUAUAUGUUUUCUGUUUGUAUUUGCUGACACCACAACUGUGGCAUCGCAUAUCAGGGACUGCUGUAGUAAUCGGUGAAAGUAUAAGGGUGGUGACCCAGGUCAAAUGCUUUUCAAACAUUUCCAUACAGAUCAAAUGCAAAUAAAAAACUGACCACAGUUUGUCAGGUUGUGAUAAAUGAGUAACUUUAAAGUCUAUAUAUACUGUAUAGAUAGAGAUUUAUUGAUGUGUAUAUUGCCAAGAGCGGAACUCUGAGGUCAGAUAUAUUUUAUCUUAUCGAAAUCCACAGCUGAGCUACAAAACUAGUUGAGAUAUAUUAGAAACCUCAUAUUCACCUACAUAUGUUUUUAUUGCAGUUGGAAGCUGUAGCAAGAUGGCUAUCAAAUCAGUCACCAGGGAUACUUCUAAUGGCAGUGGUCACAGCCUGCUUGUUUAUAACUAAAAGGAAACCAUUUCCUGUCACAAAAGGCAGCUAAAUUGUUUCGUAACUGAUUCAAUAUUUACAUGUUCCAGACUCUGAUUCUGCAUGAAUAAGGGUUGUUUGGUGUCUGUUUGGAGAUACUCAAGACAUUUUAUUCUUGGGAGAAGAUUACUUAAAAGACCAACUUUAUCAGAGUUUCAUGAUUUAGAAAUAGUCAUUUCUGUUUAUGACGUGCAAUACGCCACAUUAAGUGCAUACAGCACAGGUUGUAGUAUAGUAUUUACUUUUAUUUCAAUGUUUUUGAUUGUAUUACGAAUACCAAAUCACACUGCAAAUAUGCGAUCUGCACACUUGCCCCCUUUACUAGUGAAUUACUUUUGUACCUUACAUUAUUUACAUGUCUUUAGAGACAGUUGCGUUGUGCUGCUGAGAUACUUUAUACUGCCAAUGUGCUUUCCUGCCAGUCUUUCUGUGUAUCUUUUUUGUAUGAUAUGGAUUUGAUGUUUGCUUGUCAACCUCUUCUUGUUUUUCUUUUGCUGUUUGUUCACAAUAAACAUAGCUAAUGAA